AGGGAGCUUCCGGGUAUCAACACUGCCUAUUGGUACAUCAGUACUUGUUACGGCACGCCUGCCAACCUGCAUAUCGAGGACGGCAAAACAGGGUCUGUUAACCUCCUGGUUAAAGGCGCCCCAAAAGAUUGGUUGUUUAUCCUCCCAGGCAGUAAAGAUAAAUUAGAGAAUGCUCUCAGGGAGGAAUUUUCCUCUACCAAGCCUUGCUCUCAGUUCGCUCGGCAUUUGGACAUCUUACUCGCUCCAAGUUGGCUUCGUCAAAGGCGCAUUCCAUUCUCCGUGGUACGACAAUAUCCGGGAGAGAUGAUAGUCACCUUCCAAGAUGCGUAUCACCAAGUCAUGAAUUGUGGGCCAAAUUUUGCAGUGGCUAUCAAUUUUGAGUUGGGUCAGUGGCCAGAG